CACACGUAAUUUUAGUGCUCGUCGCGUCCUCUCACCCCUCUGAGUCCCCCACUACACACGCGUCCACCCACAGGCAUCCACAACCACAACCAUGCCUAAAGCCGCCACCACCAAAGGCGCCACCACCCGCACCGCUCGCACCUCCAAACCCACCAGCACCACCACCUCCACGACCUCCGCCCGCCGCCAAGCAACAGUCUACGAUGUCGUCGCCUCACGCGUAAACUACGCGGGGUUCAUCAAGCCUCGUCGGCGCGCUCCCACACACACCACCAGAAACAACACGCACGCACACCCCCACUCACACUCGCACUCGCACUCGCACUCGCGCGAGCAAGAGUACCGCAGCGCCGUCGCGCGGCCCGCAGACGAGGUGCUCUCGCGCCGGCUGCGGGCGCCGGCGGACCUUUCGCAGCUACAAGACGAUGGGGCGGAGGGGGGGGCGCCUGACGACGAAUUACUCCUAGCGGUACACCAGUACGCCGCGGACUUUUACGAUGCACACGGGAUGGCGGAGGUUAGCUGUCGGAGCUUGGAUGAGACGGCGUUGAUCGCUAUUGGACUACUCCUCGAGAACACUAUCGACGACCUCCUGGGCGCCGGCGGACACCGCGUGCUGGUCGAUAAGCGCGCGUUGGAGGAGUAUCACGAUGACGAUGACGAUGAUGAUGAUGAUCACGAGGAAGAAGAGGAGGAGGAGGAAGACGAAGAGGAGGAGGAGGAAGAGACGACUUGAUAAACUACUGCUACCAGUCCAGGUCACGACGUUUCGCGUUCCUUCGUCACGUGACCACGCGUGGAAGUGGAAUGUCUAGAGUAAACCGUCUAGAGUUGGUGGUGCUGUUGGUGGUGGUGG